CAAAUACAAAUAACACAAAACGAACUAGCUCAAGGCAAAAGACAAGACAAGCUCUUCAAUGGCGAUCACACGCGCCUCCUUGGCCAUUUGCCUCAUCCUCUCUUUGGUUACCAUAGCCACCGCCGAUUACUACUCUCCCUCAUCUCCUCCAGUUUACAAAUCACCGGAACACAAACCCACGCUUCCGUCUCCGUCUCCAACUUAUUCUUCUCCUCCUCCUCCAUAUGUACCAGAACCAACCUACACUCCACCCACCAAACCGUACGUCCCAGAGAUUCUUAAGGCCGUUGAUGGCAUUAUUCUAUGCAAAAACGGCUACGAAACCUACCCUAUUCUAGGAGCAAAGGUAAAGAUUGUGUGCUCCGAGCCAGCAUCAUACGGGAAAAGCAAGAACGAGGUUGUGAUCUACAGUGAUCCAACUAACUCUAAGGGAUACUUCCACGUGUCGUUGACCGAUAUCAAGGAUCUAGCUUACUGUCGUGUGAAGCUCUACUUUUCUCCGGUCGAGACUUGCAAGAACCCGACCAAUGUUAACAAGGGUCUCACAGGAGUUCCUUUGUCAAUGUACGGAUACCGUUUCUACUCCGAGAAGAACUUGAAGCUCUUUAGCGUCGGACCUUUCUACUACACCGGUCCCAAGGCUGCCCCCGCCACUCCCAAAUACUGAUCGUGAUGAUCACAUUAUGAUGAUGAUGAUGAUUUUGCAUGCAUUAUAUAAGAGGUCGCUUUAAUCAAUUUAUUAUUUGGAAAUUUUUCCCUUGAAAAUGUUCUUUUGUUUGUUUGUUCCGAUUUCAUUUGAUUCGUUGCAUUACCAAUGCAAUAUAUCCUUUUGGUUAUGCUUUUCAUUUCAUGUAAUAAAAUUGUAAGAGUAAA